AUGGCAGACCGGGGCCAGACGGUGCGGGUGACCGGUUUGCCCACAGAAAUAGAGCUGGAAAAGCUGGAAGACAAACUGUGCAUCCAUUUCCAGAGGAGCAAAAACGGAGGGGGAGAUGUGGCGUCUGUGACAACGGUCAAAACAUCUCCUGACUUUGCACUCAUCACCUUUGAGGACAGCAGAGUGGCACAGAGGGUCAUUCAACAAACACAACACUUUCUGGAGGUGGACGGAAAGAGAUUCAACUUGACAGUGAAGGAGCAUCCGGGACACCAGCUCCAAGACAAGAUCAUUAUAAAUCUCUCAGCUACUGUUGACUGCAGCCAAUUCUCUGCGGCAAAGAAGACACUGAGUGGCCUCAAUAAAAAACAUCCUGAUGUCCAAAUGAACUACGAUUCAGCUCGGGAACUUUGCACAUUAUGUGGCAGCUACUCUGCAGUCCAAGCAGUUUUAUCUCAGGUGCUGGGCCAAAAUGGACUCCUACAAACAAAAGAAUCAGUGAAGAUGACCACAUGUGAACUGACCAUAUGUCCGACCUGUGCGAGCUAUCUGCACGUUGCAUGCAGGACGUGUGAAGCAGAGGAGCGGAAAGCACGGGGCAUAAAGGGAACCAUGACCUAUGCGACUCUGCCCAUGAGUUUACCAGGACAUAUCAAGCAUCCAGUGGUCAAGAUCACCUACUCCAUUCCAGACGGCAUUCAAGGGGAGUCUGAUGUGUUUCCGGGACAGCCAUUCAAAGGGGGUACAUUUGAGGCGUUUCUCCCUGACUGUGAGCCAACGCGAAAGCUGCUGCCCCGACUGCAGGAGGCCUUAAGUAGGGGCCACACCUUCGCUGUGAUCGGGGGCAGAGUGCAGUGGGACAGCAUCCCACACAAGACCAGCCUCCAAGAGGGGAAGGCGGCAAGUGGGUAUCCAGACUCGACUUACCUGAGCCGCAUGUCGGAGGUCUUGACAAGCCUCGGAAUCCCGUAG